CCUGAUUGACGUCACACAUGCGCCCAUGACAACAUGUGUGGACGGGAGAGUCGUCUGCUGCGGUGAUCUGAGUGUUCCGCCGGACCUGUGAGCGGCCACUGAGCCCCGCCGGUCAGCUGCCAUCGACAGGCCCGCAGCAGCGAGCAGCCACCGGCCCGGAUGGCUGAUGUUAGCGGGGAGGCUGCAGCUUCUGCUGGGCAGAGCGGCACCGGAGACUCUGCCUCAGGAAACCAGAGCCUGUCCAAGAGGCAGAUGAAGAAGCUCCUGAAGCAGCAGAAAUGGGAAGAAGAGAGGGAGCUGCGAAAGCAGAAAAGAAAGGAGAGGAAGCAGCAGCGCAAGCAGCAGAGGCAGAAUACCCAGCAGGAGAACAGGGGAGACGGUCAGAGCGCCCGCAAACGGCCACGGCGAGAGGUGGCGCCCAGCGCCCUGAGGCUGGUGGUGGACUGCAGCUUCGACGACCUCAUGCUCAUCAAGGAUGUUCGGAAGCUGCACAAGCAGAUCCAGCGCUGCUACGCUGAGAACAGACGGGCUUUACAUCCUGUUCAGUUGUAUCUAACCAGUCUGGGAGGACAGCUUAAACAGAGCAUGGAUGAAAAGGACAAAGGAUGGGUGAACUGGAAGGACAUUACCAUUAAAGAGGAGCACUACAGCAAAGUUGUGGCCAAGGAUGAGCUCAUGUACCUGACCUCAGACUCUCCCAAUGUGCUGGGGGAGCUGGACCAAAAGAAGGCCUACGUGAUCGGGGGUCUGGUGGACCACAACCACCAUAAGGGCAUCACUUACGAGCGAGCGAAGGAGCUGGGGAUCGAGCACGCACAGCUUCCUCUGAGCAGUUUCGUUAAAAUGAACAGUCGGAAGGUUCUGGCAGUCAACCAUGUUUUUGAGAUCAUCCUGGCUUAUCUUGAGAAGGGCAGCUGGCAGGAGGCUUUCUUCACCGUCCUCCCUCAGAGAAAAGGAGCCGUGGCCGUCAGCCAGGACCAAACAAACCCCCAGGAGAACGACGACAACGAAGAAGAAGAGUCCAGUUCUGACUCGGACCUGGACGCGGCAGAGCAAACGGAAAUCAGAGACUAAAACGAUGGCUAGAUGGACGCAUCUCAGAGUUCCAACAUCUGAUGUAAAAGCAGGAAAAUGUAAACUUUUAGUUUUUUUUAUAUUUCAUUCCCAUUCAUUUUGUUUUACUGGAUAUUUAUUGAAAUGUUUUACUUUGCUUCAGGUAUGUGUAGAAGUUAUGUGUUUCUCAGCAGCUCUCAGGCACAUCAUUUCCUUUUAAUAUUUCUGCUGUUUGGAUUUAAAAGCAGAACUGUCUGACCUGUGCCAAACUAACUUGUUUAAAGAAUGUUAAGAUUUAUAAAGCAUAGAAAAUAAAACACGUGCCAGUUUGUUGACCUAACUGGACUUUAAUCUGAAUAAAUUUAUGUUCUGGCUCUU